AUGAAUCCAAAUUUGGAAGGAGAAAAUACCACAGAGGACGCAUAUCGUGUUGAUGAAGGCCAAUGGGUGUUUGGUGGAGUUGAACGCGAAACAAGAACAUUAAUAAUAGGUAAGUUAUUGCUGGAAGGUUUAACUUUCAAAGCUGUGUCUUUGGACGGAGAUUUAAUUGGUGUAAUUUCCAAUGAAAUAGUAGCUCGAGAUAGUGAACAUCAAAGUAAUUUUAGCAGUUACAACACGGAGGACCAAGAAAACUGUGUUAAGUUUAAAGAGUUCAUGACUCUUUUUCAAAAAGUUGACCAAGAAUCAAAUAUAUUUGAGCGAUACCCAGAUGUAAAUCGAAUAAUGGAUAUUAAGGUUGUCGCUGUGAAUGAAGCAUUUCGAGGUCUAGGAGUGUGUAAAGCUCUUUUUUAUAAAAGCAAAGAGUUGGCAUUGGAAAACGAAUGUUCAAUGGUGCGUGUUGAUUGUAGUAGUAAUUUUUCUGCUAGUGCAGCAGAGAAACUUGGGUUUCAAUGUAUCUAUUCUUUGCUCUACGAAGAAUAUAAGAAUGAAAAAGGUGAAGUUAUAUUCAAUUCUUUGCCACCUCACAAGCAAUUUAAAGUUUAUGUAAUUCCUAUAAGAAAAUAUUUGCAUACAGAUAAUUAAUCAAAUUAUUUUUGGAAGACAAAUAAAUAAUUAAUAUAGAAUAGUGUCCAUUAAUAUCUCCAUUCUGAAAAUAUUCAUGUACUCAUAUUAUUUUAUCUAUUAGUACAUAAUAAUUAGCCUAUGCGAUAAUACUAAUAUGAUUUUAUAUUGUAACACAUAUAAUAUAUAUUCUAAACCAUUUUUAUAAUGUGACAAUAACAUAAGUUAAUUUUCAAUUAGUACUGUAUUCAUCUCCAAUGCAUUAAAACAGUUUUCAUUAAAAUUGUUUUGAUGAAAAAGUGAGUGAACAGAAUUGGUUUAAGCCACAAGUAGUAUUUAAAUAAUAAAUUACAGCAAAUAAGAUUUUAACAA